CCUAGCUCUCUUUGUUGUUGUUGGCGUUGCGGAGUUGUUGUGAGGGGGAGCUGCUUGCUGGGCCGCCAUUUCUGUCCUCAUCGUGCAGGAGUUGUGCAGCUCCGUCCUCCACAAUGGCCAAGCAGAUCAGUGAGAUCAAGGACUUCCUGCUCACGGCUCGCCGCAAGGACGCCCGGAGCGUCAAGAUUAAACGCUCCAAGGAUGUCGUCAAGUUCAAAGUGAGGUGCUCCAAGUACCUCUACACCCUCUGCGUCUUCGACUCUGACAAGGCCGAUAAAUUGAAGCAGUCCCUGCCCCCCGGUCUCACUGUCCUUGACUUGUAGGACACUCGCUUAUCUCUCUCCACCCACCUACUGUCGUUCUCUCUGUCUUCGUUUUUCCCUUGUGGAUGUGGUUGAGAAUUGGUAUAUGACGUGGGUGGAGUAGUUAAGUAUUUGUCUUAGCCAGAUUGUGCGUUUAUUAGGGUUUUCUGGUUUCUUGGUGAGAAGGGAUGAGUAGCAGACAUUGAGUCCUGUUGCAGGAUGGAGGCUAGUUUGCGUGAGAAAAAGGGAUUGUAAUUUUUCUCUGCGAAUCUUCUGUACAAGCAAGAUUUCACCUGAAUGCUAAAUGCGUCGAGGAGAUCAUGAUAACUUUUCAUUGUA